CCCGCCCGGCCCCGCUCCGCCCGCAGCCAAUGGCACUGAGCGGGGUGGCCGCGGGUGGUGGCGCCGACCCAGCGCUCGGAGCGCAGGAGGAGGCAGCGGGAUCCGCUCCCCGGCUCCGGGCGCUCCCCCUGCCAGCGCCGGCCCCUCGGUCCCGCAGCCCCGCCGGUACCCGCAGCAUGGACUCGGACUCCGGGGAGCUCAGCGAAGGCGAGCCGGUCUCGCCCGCAGGUCCCGAUUAUUUCAGUUCCAAGAAUCUUGCAUUGCAAGCCCAGAAAAAGAUCCUGAGUAAAAUGGCAACCAAAACCAUGGCUAACAUGCUGAUCGAUGACACAAGCAGUGAAAUCUUCGAUGAGCUGUACAAAGUAACGAAGGAACACACAAGAAACAAAAAGGAAGCCCAUAAAAUUAUGAAAGACCUGAUUAAAGUGGCAAUAAAAAUCGGGAUCCUCUAUCGAAACAAUCAGUUCAACCAAGAAGAGCUGGAGAUCGUAGACAAGUUCAGGAAGAAGCUGAACCAAACUGCCAUGACAAUCGUCAGCUUCUACGAGGUAGAGUACACUUUUGACAGGAAUGUGCUUGCAGAACUUCUCAAUGAGUGUAAAGAUCUUGUGCAUGAACUCGUAGGUCGACACCUGACCCCGCGGUCCCACGGGCGCAUCAACCACGUCUUCAACCACUUUGCGGAUGUGGAAUUUCUAACUGCCCUGUACAGCCUGGAUGGGGAUUGUCGGCCAUACCUCAAAAAGAUCUGCAAUGGCAUCAACAAACUACUUGAUGAGAAGGUUCUUUGAAACUACGCUCAGAAGCAAGAAACCAAACAAAAACUUCUCUCUCGGACUGGCCACCCUUCAUGAGCCGUGGUAGGCAAGUGAGCUUCCUUCCCAUCAGUCUUACUACAGCCCCACAGGGUCCAGCAAGUGCUCACCAGGCUCAUGAUGAAGUGGAAAACUUAAAUCAGAAAGCUAUCAAUUUUAAUGUUCUGUUCAGAUAAUUUAGUCUUUCUCAAGGAGCAGAGUGAACAAGGCUGCUGACAUGUGUUGUUCAGAAAGAGAUUGCUAUACCCCAGGAUCUUGCUAGCUUUGUGUUCAAGGUUGAACACAAGAAAAGACAGGAAACUCACAUGCAUGGCUAUGUAAAAAUAGACAGGUGAAGGCAAGAGAAACGCAUGGAAUUUACUCCCAGGCCUUUGGUGCGUAUAUUUUUAUUAUUUCCACGCUACCUGAAAAAGCUUUGACAGAAAGUAAGGCUGUAGUGGAUUGAGUUCACUCCUUUCAAAGGGAUCAGGAAUUAAUAUGAGAAGACCUCUCUUAAUUUAAAUGGUAUGUAAAUCUAAUAGGGGAAUAACAAAUCAUACAAACUGAGUAGAAGUGGGAGACAAUUUAAAGAACUGCUCUAGGAAGCAAUAUUUUCAUCAGAGUUUUGUUUUAUACCUGCUAAUAGAAGGUUUCAUUUUAAUUUUGAAAAUGAGCUCAGUGGUUGAAGCUCAAAGGUAACCAGAAAACUAAAGCAGUCCAGCAGUUCCCCCACGCUCAGGGUUUGUGUAUUGGGUACCAUCAGGCACGUUUAGGCUGAAGGUUGUGCUGCUCUUUGUGCUCUUACUGUUCUGCCUGACAGAAUAAAAUACUCUUUGUGAAGAUUUUGACAUUCCCUUGUGAGAAGCACAACGGACACCAUUUCCAUCCCCUGUCCUCCAUGUAUUCAGCCUCAAUAGCACUCGUGGUUUAAUGUGCCCAUGACAUUUGUGCCUACAGUAAUCAGAGGUGGGAUACAACAGGAUGCCCAUCCACUCUUCUUGCAGUGCCUCUGAGUGUAGCAUAUCCACAGUAGCUAAACAAGAGCAGCCUUAGUGACUCUGGUGAGCUUCUGGAGUGAGUUUUGUUCUGAAUGUUUUCAGUGGCUUUUUUUUCUUUUUUUAUGUUUUCAAGCUGAAAACAUUUUGCCAAGAAAGAGUGGGGUUUGUACAGUCCCUUUAGGAUGAAGGGAGGAUGGGAGCAGAGCAGAUACACCAGCUUUGCCACUUGUAGAAUCUGGGUAGGUGCUGACUGACCCAGAGUAAAGGAAGCAUGUUCAGAAAUCUCUCCUCUCCUUGCCUUCUACAUCUUAAUCUCCUGCUCUAGCUCCUGACACUGCAGUAUCAGGUACCCUUUCCUUUCAUCUGGCACAGAGAGCAGAAAAUGCCAUUAUCUAGAGGUAACACCUUCCCUUUCAUGUAUAUACAAUACAGAGAUGCAUGUACUCGAAAUUUGACAAAGACAAGAAAAUAUAUUUGAAAGCCAUUUCUCUUUUAGGGAAGCUUACAGGGUUGAUCACUCACUACUUUAGGAUAAGAAAAAAAAUAUUUCAUUUAAACUCUUGAACACUAUGGUGGUAGAGAAAACUGCUCAAAAACUUUGUUAUUCUUCUGUCUUUCCUCACCCCAGACAUUUUAUCUCUUGCAACAACAAUUUUUACUAUCACACCUUUAUUCAGUUGAGAACACACAUACCUGGGUCACAUAUUCACUUGGGUUGUGCUAGAUGGAUUUGUAUCUGUUCCCAGAACUCAUCUGAACCACUGUAAAAAUGAAAGACAGUAGCAGAGCAGUUUGUAACAAUGUAAAUUUUCCCCACCUAUUUCCUGUAAGCAUAAAAGGUGUAUUUAGUAGCAGUGAAGGUGGACAACUCCUUUGCAAAACAGUAGUGAAACAGUUGGGGUUGCAAGUUCAGCCAUUUGCAGAGCCAUAUUUACAUGCACAUUACCUGCAUUUCUUCCAAGCACGUACUUGUCAAUUGAUGCUUUUGAACAGUAUUUAUCGUAUCCAAUGCUCCUGUCCCAGUGCACACACGUCAGAUUUUGCGUCUUUCAUUUGUGGCAAACGAAUUUAAGUUCUUUUUUUGAAAGCCAGAAAAAGAGAUUAUUCAACAUUCAAGAUGUCCAAAGGAAAGAUAUAUCCUGUAUCUGUGACUUUUUGUGUGUUGCAAGUAUCAAUAUUCAGAUUCUGGUAUUUUAGACACACCAGCUGAACAUCUGUUGUUUUAUUUAUAAAUAAUCUGAGUAGCCUUAAAAGAAGAGGUGUUUUCAAGUAUUUCUCAUACUUGCAUAUCCUGUAUAUUCAUUGUUUACUUUUGUAGCUUGGUAUGUAAUAACAUUGCUAAAAUAUGAGCAAUGUUCAGGUCACCUUAAGUAUAUUAUGUAUUAUCACAUUUGUGGAUUAAAAAUGUGUGAUUACUGCC